AUGGGAUCGCGGCCAUCGCCCGAGGAGGUGGCUCUCCAAGGUCUGUCGACCGCCGUCGGUCACAUCCUCGAUAACAUCGGCUUCUCAGCUGCAUCCGGCGACUCACUGAGUGCUCUCACCGACAUCAUGCGCCGGUUCAUGGUCGAAGUUUGGUCUCGAAGUAAGCUUUUAGCCGAACACGCUGGCCGCACUGAGAUCUCUCCCGACGACAUAGACCUGACUUUUCGUAAGUUGAAAUUUUCGCCAAGAGAAAUGCGGGAUUAUCUGACGCAGGUUGGAAACAUUGGUCAGCCAAAACCAUUAUGCGAGUUCCCUGUUUCCGGUCCAAACAUAAGACCACUGUUUGACCCUCAAGCGAGUGGGAAAGAGCUCGAGAAUCGUGCUGAACAUAUUCCUCACUAUUAUCCUGCUGUUCAUCCGACAUGGACUGCAGAAGGUGGUAGUAUCCUGCGAGGGCCAGCAGAUUUUCCUGACUUUUCAAAUUGUGAUGCGAAGUCGCUAGGCCUGUUGCCUCGAGGACACGAGGAGACAUCGUUUUUGGACACUAGGAUCCGAAGUAGUGCUAAUCUGUCUUUUCUGAAGCUCCAACAAAGUGGUACCCAGGAAUUGUUAGGGAGUACUGGAUCUUAUCGGAAGAAACCUAAGGGUAGCGGUAACUAUUCCCCAUCUUCUCGCUUAACUGUGACGUUGCCUCGAAAACCUGAUCAGAGACAUUUGAAAGUCACAGCUGCUAAGGGCAAAAAGAGCGGUGUUACUAAGAUGGGUUCUUCAAGCUGGUCACCCAUGCCAGUCCUCGAAUAUCGAAGUGUGGAUGAAACUAAACAUAUAACGUCUGUUGGUAGUUUACGUCCUUGGCAAACUUCUACUCCGAGGUUAGAUCUACUACGACCUAUUGAGCAACUUGAAACACCACUCUCACUGAAGAGUUUUUUGCUCGCACAUAUUGGUGAGGAAGUCAGCAAGGAUAACAAACAAGAGAAAAAGGAAAAGAGAGAAAAGCAAAAAACAAAACGAAGGAAGCAACAAGAAGGAGAACUGGGCAACGUAGGUGAAGUAGGUGAAGAACACCAGCAGCACGUAACUGAAGGAUAUCAACAAGGACAACAAUUACCGGAGGAUCGGGCUCAGUUACAAUUACUGGAGCUCAAUCGGGACGUAGCCACUCCUCCAAUGAGACAGGAACUUCCCGAAGCUUCACCAAAGCACCUGAAGAUCGUGAUCAGCAAUCCACACAGCGAUUCGGCUAGUUCAGCAUUCUCGCCUCCACAAGGCAGUGCUAUGUGUGGAUCAGCAGAAACAGUGUUUUCAAUGGAUAGAACUGUAGAUGAGUCUGCGUCUCCUCAUCGUAAGAAGAAGAAGAAAAAAGACAGAGAAGAAGGAUAUUCAAAAUCUCCACAGAGAAAGGAAAAGAAGCGAGACAAAGAACACAAGAAGAAGAAAAAGAAAAAAGAACAUGACAGAAAUCAUAAAAGAGCCUUUCAUGAGCCGAAGUUCACACUCAAAAUUCGUAUUGGCGAUCAAACGUCUACCACAGAAACGGUGACUGAACCUAGUCCUCAGCCAGAGCCCGUAAAAAUCAAGUUUAAAAACUUUCCUAUAUGUAGUGACGAUCUCAAGGAAGUUGGACAAAAAGUUGUCCCGCCAUUGAAGCUAGGUCCACUUGGGUCACACGUUGAAAUGAAUGAGGAGCCUCAUGCAGAACCGAGGAGAAAAUUUUAUACGAAGGCCGAAUUAAAAGCGCCACAUCCAUUAUCGAAUUCCUUCGAUACGCAAUGGAGGGAAGAAAGGAAACGGAAGAGGAAGGACGAGGAGGAAAGAAAGCGAGAAAAAGAAGAACGUAGACGUCUAGAGAAAGAGGAAAAGAGACGUAUCGAGCAGGAGCGUGAAAAGGAGUUAGAGCGAGAGCAAGAGCGUGAACAGGAACGUGAACGUGAACGUGAACGCCAACGUGAACGCGAACGCCAACGGGAGCGCGAGCAGGAACGUGAACGAGAACGUGAGCGUGAACGCCAACGGGAACGGGAACGCGAACGCGAACGGGAACGCGAACGUGAACGCGAACGGGAACGCGAACGUGAACGGGAAGUCGAGCAUGAACGUGAACGAGAACGUGAAGUUUCUGAACGUAAGCAAAAAGAGAAGCCAGAAAAGGAGCAGCGUGCGAACCAACGACGUGAAAAAGCCAUUCGUUUACCUCCACCGGUUACGGCUUUUGUAAAAGCAGAGACGAAAGAUAGGAGAACUAAAGAGAAACAUCGAAGCAGAGAAGAGGAGAAAGGCCAGGUCGAGGUAGCAAAAUCGGUGCAGGACGACAGUUCAGAGGAGGGAGAUGACGAUAGCUCAGAUGUGGUGUGGAUUUGUCCCUCAUGUUCGGUCGCUUGGACUGAAGGAGCAACAAUGGUUUGCUGUGACAUGUGUGACAAUUGGUUUCACUGGAUUUCACUCGAAUUUGAUAUGGAUCGGUUAUGUGUACCGAAAUUUAGGCAUUGCGUUGGCCUUCUCGUUGCCCCUCCUGACGACGUGCCUUGGUUCUGUGAAAAAUGUGCCAGUAAAAAGCAAAACGAAAAAUCGAAUAGACGUACUGGAACCAAACUGGAAGGAUCGACUCGGAAGAGAAAAAAAUUAUUCUGA